CCAGGAUGUAACGUUAAGCAUGGAGUCGAGUGACUGACUGGGCUUGAUGACCAACAACGGUAUUUUCAUUAGUGUCGAAGGAGGAGAACACCGAAAACAAUGGAGCCGCAGACGAAACGCCGGAAAGGGUCCGCCGCGUGCGACCCGGCCUCCUGGGUCGCGUAUCCGGUCCUGUCGGAUCGGCAGUCCCAAGACGUCGAGCUGAUUGAGGCUUUUGCAGCGCCCAUCGUCGACAAGAGAGAGGCCUCUCGACUUCUCCGGGAGCUGAACGGCCUCUACCCGCUGAGUGGCCUCCAGCACGUCAAGAGGGUGCGGGCGGUCCGGGAGAAGGGCAGUCCUCAUCCUCUGGAGGUCCUUGUGUGCCUCGUCAGUGACGCACCGGACCUCGAGGUGGCGAGCAUCAACUCCCUGCUCCCCUCAGACGGCGUCGGACGCGACGGAUUAGGAGAACCUUUUGUGGUCAAGGUCCCGGCACGUGCCCCCUUGACCCGACCCCAGUUUGAGCUGGCGAGCAAAUACUGGCCCACGUCCUUUCACGAGGACAAACAGGUGACCGUCGCCCUGAGAGGAGAGCUCUUCAGCCCGCUCCAGAAAGCCAGGAUGCACGCGUACAUGACUGCCGCUUUGACUGCCGCCAGAGCGGCGGCCGAGUUGGGAAUGGAGGCCGUGGGGGCCGCGGCGGUCGACCCGGCGACGGAGCGCAUCGUCGCGGUGGGCCACGACUGCAGAGGGGACCACCCCCUUCACCACGCGGUCAUGGUCUGCAUCGACCUCGUGGCCCGGAGCCAGGGCGGCGGAUGUUCCGCCUUUGACGGGUACCCCGCUUGCCAAUUCACUUCGCCAACGCCGGACGCCGUUCAGAGCGCCGCGGGUGCGGAGGCGAGCGCCCAGCCGUACAUCUGCACCGGGUAUGACCUUUACGUGACCCGGGAACCGUGCGUCAUGUGCGCCAUGGCGCUGGUGCACUCCCGGAUCGGUCGCGUCUUCUACGGGACCGCCUCUGCCGACGGGGCCAUUGGGACCAAAUAUAAAAUCCACUCUCGGAAGGAUUUGAACCAUCACUUUGAGGUUUACAAGGGCGUGAUGGGCGAGCAGUGUGAGGGUCUGAAGGGACUCGGCAGCCACGUUCAAAGAGAGAGGGAUAAUUAACAGAGUCUACUACAGGACGAAACCAAUGUUUUACACACACAUUUAUUUUAAUUAAAGUUUUUAAUCAUUCAAUCCAGGUGACCUUUCUGACUUCCAGGCUCGUUGGAAGGAUUAACAAGUCACAAACCCGAAUCUGACUACGACAUUAGCAUUAUAAAUGUUAAUAAUUAAAUUGGUUGUUCAAAGAUGGCUCAAUAAACUGAAUUGUUACUGAAAUUCAGUGUUUAUCUUCAAGACUUUAUUCUCUUGUCUUCACUGCAGCUGGUUUAUUUGUGUUCACGUCUACAGCUGUUGACACCUACCGGCUAAAAUAAAGAACUUGACGUGGUUUUCUCACAUCGACUUGCAGCUUUUACACAUUCUGUAAAAAUUGGAGAAGCAGUUUGCCAUUUCAACAGACUUUAAAGAUAACUGUGAAUCUGAAAGUAUCCAGCAACUUGUAAAGCAUGGGAAUGGCAUUAACAUGUUUUAACUAUGCUGUAUACAAUUUUUAUUUAUGCAUUUUGAUUGAUUCCAACACUUCUGUGUGUUAUGCAGGUCCAAAUCUAUUAAACUGCGUGUUAAACAGA